AUGGCCGACAAUAUGGAGGGUUCUCCUGGCAUUUUGAACAAUCAGCAAGACGGACAGCCCGAAGCCGCCGCUCCUGCUGCUGCUACUCUUCACUUUGCCCCAACAACAGAUGAUCCGUCUGAAAAUGACUUCGCAGAAGCGCGUCCUAGCCAGCGCAUCAAGAGAAUGUCGGAACCCUCAGACAGCCAACUCAGCCCGCAAGUUUCGAAGUCAUCAAAAUCAAUCUACCUGGAGCCGCCACCGGUAGUGAUGAGACCGCCCAAGGUCAAAUUCGACGGGUUCAGCUCAACAGCUCUUUGGUGGUUGUCUUGGGGCCGAAACGAGGAGAAAGACGUCCCCGACUGUGCAAGAUCUAUGCGUCGGUCCUACUCUUACCGAACGACGUUUCGAUUUUUCGGGUUCAGUCUGUCGACGGAUGUCACGUACAAAACUUCGGAAAGCGGCGUCGAUACCGCCAUGAAAAACGUUCGUCUGGGUUGGGGAGACUCGGAGACGAAUUGGGUACGUGACAAGCUACCAUUGGUACGGCGAAGAUUUGGCCUGUCCAAGAGAGAGCAGGCAGAUUCAGCAGAUGAAGAGAGGCAAGACGCUUCCACUCCAGAGAACAGUAGUACCACGGCAGUAGAAGGCCAGAAGGUCACAAAAGCACACAAACAGACAAUUCCCCACAUUGCACACCCGUGGCACCUCGACUACUAUUAUGUGGUCGUCGGCAUCAUGGGCGACCAGAUCGCGCCAAAGGAGACUCUACGACGAGUUGUAAGUAUUGAUGGACUGUUCCAGCAGAUACGCAAAGCCCACAGAUACCUGCGAAAUCCAGUUCGAAGGGCGUUGUCUCUGAAAGAAGUCUGCGGCUUCGGUAUUUAUCAGUGCGAUCCCAGUAAAGGCUACCACCGAGAAGUGGAACUGGAUGCGGAAACAGAGAGCGCGCUCUCAGAACUCUGGCGAAGUUACAACACCCACAGCCUCGACUACGAGGGUCGCUGGCUGUUGUGGAUCCACCGGCAUUUUAACAACAGCUCGAAGAACCCAGAAAUGGGCACCUUGGCUCUGAAACUGCGACUUCGGUGGUCCGUCCUCAAGGUCGUGUUCUGGGGUGUUGUGCCCAUUCUGCUGAGCCUGGCCGUGGGUUUCUGGUACAUGUAUUCGGACCACGGAGAGGUCGACGACGUUGCAGUCGCAGAGGCCGCGUGGGUGAUCGCCACUUAUAUCAUCACAGCAUCGGCGCGUGAGUGA